AUGUCUUCGCUAACCACGACCCCCACUGCCACUUCUCAGAGCAGCAUUGCUCGCAACAGCGUCGACAAGGCAGAGUCCCGUCUCACACGAGCAUCUACGCGUCGCACGCUCGAAAAAUAUGAGACCAGGCCUACACAAGAUGCCUCGGACGUGCUGGACCUUCCAUACGACAUCCUCAGCGACGAGGCAGAUAUGUCGGAGUAUAUCCAAGAGACUGCAGCGGGUGUCAUCCCAAAGAGAACCAUAUCAAGAGCAACUGGCAAGCCGGAGGAUCAUGAGCUGGUUACAUUUAAGAUCAAUGACCCUGAGAACCCGAAGAAUUGGUCAAAGCCUUACAAAUGGUGGUGUACAAUGGUUGUCGCUUUUACCUGCUUCACCGUGGCGUUCAACAGCGCUGUGAUUACGGCCGACCUUGAAGGCGUCUCUGAAGAAUUUCAUGUCUCGCCAGAAGUCUCCCUGCUGACCGUUACAAUGUUCGUCAUCGGCUUCGGCGUGGGUCCGCUCGUGUUCGCACCAGCGUCAGAACUCCUGGGGAGAAAACCUAUCUAUGUAAUCACGAUCGCCCUUGCAGUGAUCUUCGAAAUACCCUGCGCGGUCGCCCAGAACAUCGGCACACUAUUGGUGUGCCGUCUCAUUGAUGGCAUCGCUUUCUCGGCCCCUAUGACCCUUGUCGGCGGCACGCUCGCCGAUUUGUGGAAAAAUGAGGAAAGGGGGGUACCGAUGGCAGUGUUCUCGGCCGCGCCCUUCGCCGGUCCAGCGGUUGGACCGCUUGUAGGAGGCUUUCUCGGCGACGCCUCUGGUUGGCGCUGGCUCUACUGGAUUCAGCUGAUCAUGUCGGGAAUCUGCUGGAUUAUUCUCACGUUCACCAUUCCCGAGACGUACGCCCCCGUUAUUCUCGACAAACGGGCGAAGAAACUGCGCAGGGAAACUGGUGAUGCCAAAUACGUGACGGAAAAGGACCUCGACCCGCGCCCAAUGAGCGAACAGAUCCGCAGAUUCCUGGUUCGUCCUCUUCAGCUGUUAUGUCUGGAACCGAUCGUUCUGCUCAUCAGCUUGUACAUGGCUGUCCUGUACGGUCUUCUGUACAUGUUCUUCGUCGCCUACCCGAUCGUCUACGUUGAGGGAAAGGGCUACUCAGAGGGCAUCACUGGCCUGAUGUUCAUCCCCUUGGCUAUUGGCGUGGUCCUGUCAGCCUUGUUUUCACCCCUUGUUAACAAGCACUACAUCUCCCUGUGCCAUAAAGCUCCGAAUGGAAAGCCGCCGGCCGAAGCCCGCCUCAUCCCAAUGAUGUUCUCCUGCUGGCUCAUCCCCGUCGGUUUGUUCGUCUUCGGCUGGACAAGUUACCCGCAUCUUAGCUAUUGGGGGCCUAUGAUGGGUGGCUUUCCGGUUGGCUUCGGUUUCAUAUUCCUCUACAACUCGGCCAACAACUAUCUCGUCGACACUUAUCAACAUCAAGCCGCGUCGGCACUCGCUGCGAAGACGUGCAUCAGGUCGUUCUGGGGCGCUAGUGUGGUGCUCUUCACCGAGCAGAUGUAUCACACGUUGGGAUACCAGUGGGCAAGUUCCCUCCUGGCGUUCCUGGCAUUGGCGUGCUGUGCCAUCCCUUAUGUUUUCUAUUUUUAUGGUGCAAGGAUCAGGAAGUUCUCCAAGUUUGCAUUUCAUGACGAGGAUGAGGAGGUCAAAGCGGUUAGUCAGGAAAAGGUGUGA